AUGGCCAAGCCACGCAACAGUGUCUUGUACCUCUUCGAUCCUCUCCAGCAGUCGCCCUCUACCCCACGCCGCGACUCCUCGCCCGAACUAGGCGCUUCUGACAAGGAGAAUGACAUCUCGGUCGGCGACGUCACGAUGUUUUUCAACCGCAUGUAUGCUGCUCCCAAAGCACAGGACGCACGGCCGCAGACCCCCAAGGGUCAGUUGAUCGACUUUGGUGACACG